AUGACACAAGACAGGCAGGCAACAACAGUCAAUGAUGUCAGUGGAAAGACUCUACAUCCUCCUACUUCUUUACUUCAGCCGUUGUGUUGUUGAGGCGACUUCAUCUUCGUGCUUCACUGAUGGAUGUCGACAUGGAAACGGUGGACUAAGAUGUCAGUCAUGCUACGUUGGUUGCUAUGGAGCAAAGUGCACCAUCCCAUGUAAUGACAACUGUCACACAGACGGGUGCAACAGAAUCACUGGGGAAUGUUUUACAUGUAAGCGAGGAUAUUAUGGACGAGACUGUAAUGUGACAUGUCCGAAAAUAUGUUCUAGCAUCAAAGCGGUCACGAAUAUCUGUGACCGCCAUACUGGUGCUUGUUCGGAAACCUGUGACGGAGGAUUGACUAGUGAACACUGCAAGGAUCAGGUCUGUAACAAAGAAACCGGUCGAUGUAUCCUUGGCUGUCAGGAAACUUGGACAGGAGAAUACUGCAACAGAACAUAUGAUACCUGCCUUAAUGCAAGAUGCAGCUGGACCGGAUAUUGUCUCCUUGGUUGCAAACCGGGUUUCUAUGGAAACAUGUGCGACAAAACGUGCCCUCGAUGUUGGACCAGUGGCUGUGACAGAGGAACUGGUAUAUGUGAACAGUGCCGUCCAGGUUAUCGAGGAAGACACUGCAACCACUACUGUUCUGAAACGUGCUACAGAGGCAGGGAUGGACACAGGCAUUGCGAUCGUUACAACGGGAACUGUCUGGAGGGUUGUGAAGUAGGAUGGCACGGUCAUCGUUGCGCCACUCGGUGCAGCUCCUCCUGCAACUCGUCUCGUUGUUACAGCCAUGAUGGUGCCUGUGUAGAUGGCUGUAAGUCUGGUUGGCAUGGCAAACAUUGUCUGACGCCCUGCAGUACAACGUGCAAGGAAUCACUGUGUGCCAGUCAAGAUGGUUCUUGUACCCGCGGCUGUGUAAGGGGUUACCAUGGAAAUCACUGUCACAGGAAAUGUAUCAAUUGUACAAAUGAUGAAUGUGACCAGUAUGGGAGAUGCAGAUAUUGUCUAGACGGAUGGAGAGGAGAGAAGUGCGGACUCCGAUGUCCCAGCGGCUGCCACACAUGUGAUGAAGACGGCGUCUGUGUGUCUAACAGUUUGACCAAGAGAGUGUCGGAUCAAGCCCACGACUCACGUCCUGAUGGUCACACCGACACAUCAUCAGGAUCAGGCGACCAACUCACCUACACAUAUGUUUUGUGUUCCCUUCUUCCAGCCAUGCAAAUUGGAUAAUGCUGGAGUGUGUUUGUCUGACGGCUUUAAACAAGACAAUGUUGGAUCCAUGAGAUGAUCUCCAUGCCGAUCCUCAUAUCACAUCAUCAACCUCAAGCGGCGCACACGCCUACACAUAUCUCUUAUGUCCCUUUCGUCUAGCGAUGUACGUUUAUUGGAUAAUGAUGGUGUGUGUUCGUCUAACAGUUUAACUCUUUCAAUACGACGAAAAAUGUUCACAGCUGCACAUAUAUCCUAAGGACGUGAUGUCACGUCCAGUCAUCUACAACCCUUGCAUACGACCAGAUAUUUCCAGCUGUAGCCUCUGAAUUCGAUGGACGAGAUAUGACGUCGGAUUUUCCAUACGAGGGAUUUGAUAACUCGAUCGUCUACUCAUACUA